UGUGGACGUCCCACACAGAGCACAGCAAUCCUGUAGAGAUAACAUAACUUCUUCUCUGUCCUAAACUGCACAACACGACACCAGGCUGAUAUAUCUGGGUUGUGUCAGUGCCAUUGAGGUUUUCUUCAUUGUGUCCGUCACUGCUCCAGAUGAGGGACUGAUGCUGGCCGGGACCCUGCUGAACCCCUCGGGCCGCCUUUCAUCUUAUCUGUCUCAUUUCAGUUCUGCAUCGACUCCCACAGGUGCACCAUAAAGAGAAGAACAAUAAUAAUAAUAAUAAUACACCAGCUAUAAAAUGGAUGACAUCUUUACUCAGUGCCGGGAAGGCAAUGCGGUGGCAGUUCGCUUAUGGUUGGACAACACAGAGAAUGACCUCAACCAAGGAGAUGACCACGGCUUCAGUCCUCUCCACUGGGCAUGCAGGGAAGGCCGCUCCAGUGUGGUGGACAUGCUCAUCAUGAGAGGUGCUCGCAUCAAUGUCAUGAACCGUGGAGACGACACACCUCUGCACCUGGCCGCCAGCCACGGGCAUCGCGACAUCGUGGGAAAGCUGAUCCAGUGCAAAGCAGACACUAAUGCAGCCAAUGAACACGGGAACACACCACUGCAUUACGCCUGCUUCUGGGGCCAAGAUGAAGUGGCUGAGGACCUUGUGACUAGUGGGGCGCAGGUGAGCAUCUCUAACAAAUAUGGGGAAACUCCCCUGGACAAAGGCAAACCUCACCUGCGGGAACUGCUCAGAGAAAAAGCAGAGAAAUUGGGACAGAACUUGACUAAAAUUCCCUUCAAGGACACAUUUUGGAAAGGCACCACUAGGACUCGACCCCGUAAUGGCACUUUGAACAAACACGCAGGCAUUGACUUCAAACAGCUCUCUCUCCUGGCUAAAAUAAAUGAGAACCAAUCUGGAGAGUUGUGGCAAGGACGCUGGCAGGGAAAUGAAAUUGUUGUUAAGGUGCUAAAAAUUCGUGACUGGACCACCAGGAAAAGCAGAGACUUCAAUGAGGAGUAUCCCAAACUCAGGAUAUUUUCCCACCCGAAUGUCCUACCCAUGUUGGGAGGAUGUCAGUCUCCUCCUGCCCCUCACCCCAUCAUCAUCACACACUGGAUGCCUUAUGGCUCUCUCUACAACGUGCUGCAUGAAGGCACCAACUUUGUGGUGGACCAGACACAGGCAGUGAAGUUUGCUCUGGACAUCGCCUGUGGAAUGGGCUUUUUACAUACACUUGAACCUAUGAUCCCCCGCCACUAUCUCAACAGCAAGAGCGUUAUGAUAGAUGAAGACAUGACAGCAAGGAUCAGCAUGGCAGACGUCAAGUUCUCCUUCCAGUGUCCUGGCAGGAUGUACUCGCCUGCAUGGGUAGCCCCCGAGGCCUUGCAGAAGAAGCCUGAAGAGAUCAACCGUCGCUCAUCAGACAUGUGGAGCUUCGCUGUCCUGCUAUGGGAGCUGGUGACCAGAGAGGUGCCAUUUGCUGACUUGUCCAACAUGGAGAUCGGCAUGAAGGUCGCCUUGGAGGGUCUGAGGCCCACUAUCCCGCCCGGCAUCUCGCCCCACAUUUGCAAGCUCAUGAAGAUAUGCAUGAACGAAGAUCCAGCGAAGAGGCCCAAAUUUGACAUGAUUGUGCCAAUUCUGGAAAAAAUGCAGGACAAGUGAAAAAAAAACUCUUCUGCCCUCCUAUACUGAACCGUCAAAUUACUGGAUAUCUUACUCCAGAUAUCACUCUGAUAUGGUGGUGUGGUGCUUACCAGUAUUGCCUUAAACUCUUACUCUACCGCCGCAUUCAACGCCACUGUAGCUUCUGAGAUGAAUUCAGCAGCAGUCUUUUUAUAUUGUUUUUUGUUUUUUUUUCAAUGUGAUAUCACGUUUUUAUUUGUGUCCUCAUUUUUGUCACUGAUACACCCUUCACAGGAGGUAAGCAUUGACUGUUCAUCUUCGUAACUGUAAUGAUGUGGACUGCAGUAAGUACAGUCUUCAAGUGACUGAAUAACCUGUGGAGGUCGUCAUGACUGUCUGCUGCAUUGCUUCACUGGAUUUACAGCUGUAUUUGUAUCUGGAGUGGGCUAGUGGAGGCUCCUAUUAAAAGAAAUCAAAUUAACCCAUAGCUUGUCUCGUGGGGAAAAGGGUUGUUGUGUUGUGCAACAUAUUGAAUGCAAAAUGGCAAGCAUGACAAAUCGAAACAAAGCAUUUAAACAUAGAAGAUUAUUAAGAAACUUUGUAUGAAAAAGUGGUUUCUGUGAGAGAAUUUUACAGUGUUUUACUAUUCAGCUUGGCUGUGUAGUGAUGUGUAAAGCUUGGCUUGUUUUGAGCUUACGUCCUUAACUAUCCUGUACAACCUGCUGACAACAAUGCAAGACUGGUCAAAUAAAUGUUUUUUUUGGGGGGGGGGGCGGGGGGGUUUGUGCCGCAUAAAAUGUUGGUGUUGAUUAUUAUUGCUGUUUUGGGCAGAUUACUUUAAAAAUGCAUUGCAGAUUGCUGAUUCUUGCCUGUUAAUUGUAAUAAUGCAAUUGCCUAGAUUAUGCAAAAUGUUUUAUUGUGAUCUAGUUCAUUUCCAUUGUUGUCCCUUCAAAAUGUAAACUAAUCUGAUUGGUUUGAAUUCUGUUAGCUGUACUACUCAGCAAAGAUUAAAGUCUGCCUCUGUUUCUAGAUAUCUAAAAUUAAUUUCACGUUGAAUACUGGCAGUCUAUAUUAAUACAACAUGUAAUACCAUUUUGUAGUGUCAGGAGUGAAUACUGCGUUAAUAUGUCAUUGGUACAGUUUUAAUUUGUGGUUUUCGAGCAUGGGGACUGUCUUGCCUUACCAUUUUUAUAUCUACAUACAGACGCUGCUGCCAACAGAAGGUGACUGGGACAUUAAUGGGAUGGUAUUAACAUCCAGCCUUUCAUAUUGUUUCCUGACUUAUUUUUUUAUUGUUUCUGUCCUCUAUAUUACUUUAAUUGUCCUUAAUGAGCAAUCUCAUGUGUUGUUGUUGUUGUUGUUGUUUUUUUUCCUACCUGUAUCGUUUCCGUGCCUCCACCAGCUUGUGCUUAUUUGUGCUGAAUCACAGGCUGAAGCCAAAAUCAAGAAUGACUUAUCAAAUGUAUGUAUUUAUAUAUAUAUAUAUAUUAUAUUAAAAAGGAAAAGUAUGGGCAUCCUGACUGUGUGAAUUUGUAAAAAAAAACAAA